AUGUGUGGAAUCAUUGGUAUAUGUCUGGGUCAUUGGGACCGAAUGUAUAAUGAGUCCUUCAGCGACGAGUAUGUUCUAACUUGUCACAGAGGUCAAGAUGCUUGCGGCAUAGCAACAUCAUCAGGCGGAAGAUCGAGUGCUAACCGCAGUAGGAAGCAUGGGCGCAUCUUCUCUUGCAAAGACGCCGGUAUGGCGUCUAAGGUCUUCAAUGACGGUAGGAGAGUAAUCGACCUCCCUGGAUGGAUGGGUAUUGGUCACUUGCGUUACCCAACCUGGGGAAGCAGUGGCCCGUACGGCGUGUGCUUAUCCCACAACGGCAACUUGAUCAAUGCUGAAGAGCUCCGUGAAUUCUUGGACCAUGAGGCGCACCGUCACGUUAACACCGGCAGUGACUCUGAGCUGAUGCUCUCUGUGUUUGCUAACGAACUCAACGAGACCGGAAAGGCGCGUGUUAAUGAGAAUGACCUGUUCAGCGCCUUGGAACGAACCUACAAGCGCUGCAAGGGAGCCUGGGCCUCAGUCAUCAUGCUUGCUGGAUACGGCGUGUGUGGAUUCCGCGACCCCAACGGAAUCCGACCCUAG